CCAGAGGUACUACUUGUAAUUGAUAAUUGUUUAAUCCUUGCGUCUCAAUUUCAGCUCGUUCUGCCAGAAUAUAUACUGCACGUUGUGAUCAAUAUUUUAUUUCUGAUUGGCGAGCAAUACUUCUCGUUGUUCAUCAACAUCCCGCUCAUUGCCUAUCAUGUGUGGCGAUACAUGAACAGGCCUCUGAUGACAGAAUCAGGCCUGUACGAUCCUACGAGCAUAAUGAAUGCUUAUGACUUGUCCAUGUACCAUAGGGAGGGAUGGAUUAAACUAGCGUUUUAUCUUCUGUCAUUUUUUUAUUAUUUAUACGGAAUGAUCAGUACAUUGAUCAAUUGAAGUGAGUGACCAUCCAGAUUUAAAGAUUUGUUAUUUUCUCCAUACAACUGUUUGGUACAAGAAAGUUGGUUACACUGGAAGUACAAGUGACAUUUCAACUAACUUACAAUAAUUGGGAAUUUUGUAACAAGUAUUAUGUUAGGAAAAAGAUUCUUUGACAUCUGUCUAGUAUCUAGGUAACCUUUAUAAUUCAUAUACACAUAUGUAUAUACAUAAUAUAUGUAUGCAUGAAUGUAUAUAUGACCUAGAGUACAUUAG